AUGGUGGUGAAGAUGGUGAUGAGAGUGAUGGUGGGGUUGGUGAUUGUGAUUGUGGAGUUGAAGAUGGUGAUGAUGGAGCUUGUUGUGAUGGUUUUGGUGGUGUUAAAGGUGAUGGUAAUGGUGGUGAUGGUGGUGAUGGUUACGGAAGUUGGUCAUGGAGGUUGUGAUAGUGGUGAUGGUUGUGACGAUGGUGUUGUUGGAGAUUAUAGUGAUGUUGGUGGUGGUGAUAGUGGUGGUGAUGAUGGUCAUGGUGAUAGUUUUGGUGAUGGUGGUAGUGAUAGUGGGUUUGUUGAUGGUGGUUAUGAUGGUUAUGGUGAUGGUCGUAUUGGAGGCGGUGGUGGUGGUAUUGGUGGAGAAGGUGCUGGUGGUGGUGGUAUGGACGACGUCGUGUUUGUAAGCGGCUCAGAGUGUCCGUACACGUUCGAUGUUGUCGAAGAAUUGCAAGGAAAGAAUGUCACAGCGAGAGAUGCAAUGGCCUGGACGUGCUCCAUACGAGCCUACUGGGUGAAUAUUCUACCACUCGUAAAAAUCGUACGGUUUCUGCUAUCGUACGGGACAGCGCUUACAGUGAUCAUGGGGGUAUUGCUAAACGCCCUUUCAUUUAUUGUCCUAACAAGAAAACACAUGCGUAAGACUACAUCGAAUCUGUAUUUGUCAUUUCUCGCAAUAUACGAUAUCGGCACGUUGAUAUUCAACUUUAUGAUUGGAGUCAUUCGAGGGAAUAGCGAAAUGGCCAACAAAACAUUCCAAAACAGCGAAUCCCUUUGCACGUUUCACGGUGUGAUCGUUGAGCUGUUUAGUAUGUUAUCCGUAUGGAUCAUUGUAUCCUUUACAGUUGAGAGGUUCCUCAUGAUCAAAUUCCCUUUUAAAGCUCGCACCUGGUCUCCACGAAAGACUGUGAUCACUUUAAUAAUCGUCUCCGCCGUUGUGACGCUGAUAUCAUUGCAUAAAAUUGCUGUGUCUGGAUUUGAAGGAGAUUCUGUGUUCGGAUACAAAGCAUGCAAAACGCGCAGGACGAUCUUCGUAGAGAUUAUCUACGUGUAUGUUGCGUUGAACACGUGGCUCCCGACAGUCUCUAUCGUGAUCCUGAACGGCAUUAUGAUUAACGAACUUAGAAAAAAUAAAAUAAAGCGUCAACAGAUGACACAAACGUCAAUGACGAAAACCGACGAAAAGGCCACACGCCAGUUGCUGAUGAUUUCGAGCACAUUUGUUCUGCUUGUUCUGCCGCUUGGAAUCGUCCAAUCGAUGGAGCUGAUUUGGAAUGGAACCCAGACAGUUCCACCCGGUCACGUGGACUACGAACAAUUCAUUAUCAUGAAAAUACGUCUGAAAUGGGUCAGAUCAUUCUUCUUUUUCUUCUAUCAGCUUAACUUUGCGAUUAACUUCUUUCUAUAUGUAGCGUCAUCAUCCUCGACCAGGUUCAGGGCAACCCUUCGAAAGAUUUUAGGGAUGAAACAGCAGGAACAGGAAUCGAUGUUCACCCGACCGCAACCAAAAUCGAACGCCAUAGCUCCAGUGUCCGCAAUCGAUGACGAUUUGGAUGCGAAACCUGGUUCAUCUAGAGCCUAAAACGUGUAGAAAAAUCAGCUUUUGGGCUAAGGGUCGUACGAUUUUAGUGAUUUUACCCAUUCCAG